ACUCUGUUAUGCUAACCGGCGGACCGAUCCGAGCUUUCAAUUUUCAACAGUCUCCCACUAACUCGUAGUAAAAAAUCUUGUCUUGGUGCCUUCAAGCUUCCGCUGCAGCCGAUGGCAUAAUCGUGUAGGUAAACGGCUUAACGGAAACAGGGUUGACAACAAAUGGAGCUCCUGUGGACGAUCGCGGAGCUCUUCUUCGCCCUGAUUCUCGUCCUGGCUUCGUUGUUCCUCUCCGCGAUGUUCCUCGAAGCCUACCGAAGAAGAAACAACAACAAGCACAUUGAUGCUCCUGCCUUUUUUGAGGAUCCGAAAUCCUUGAAACAGGUUCCAUGUCCAUAUCUAGUAGAUCCCGCUGAAAAGUACAUAUCUUUGAUCAUUCCCGCAUUCAAUGAAGAGCACAGACUUCCUGCAGCUCUUGAUGAAACAAUUAACUAUCUCCAAAACCGUGCUGCAAAGGACAAGUCUUUUACUUACGAGGUGAUUAUCGUUGAUGAUGGAAGUGCUGAUGCAACAAAAAAGGUGGCAUUUGACUUUGUAAGGAAAUACUCGGUGGAUAAUGUCAGGGUUAUCCUUCUUGGGCGUAAUCAUGGUAAAGGAGAAGCAAUUAGAAAAGGCAUGCUUCAUGCACGUGGUGAAAUACUUCUAAUGCUGGAUGCAGAUGGAGCAACAAAGGUUAAUGAUCUGGAGAAGCUUGAAAAUAAGGUCCCUAAUCUGAUCCGUGCAGUUGCAAGUGCUGAAGAUACUAAGGAUGGGACGUCAGGUUUUAGGAUAGCUGACAUCCCAGUAGCAGCAUUUGGUUCCCGUGCUCAUCUUGAAGAGAAGGCUUUGGCAACAGUUCAGUCUAAUGAUCCUCUUCUUGCUCGUUUGAGUGUGUAUCUCGGUUUUGCUUGUCAUGAAUGUUCCAUUGUUGUCUUCUUUGAUAAAAAAAUGUUAUUUUAAUAUUUCAGAGGAAAUGGUACCGUAAUUUUCUGAUGAAAGGAUUCCAUAUUGUGGUUCUCUUGGCUGCUGGUCCUGGUAUUCGCGAUACGCAGUGUGGCUUUAAGAUGUUUACAAGGGCUGCUGCAAGGAAGCUUUUCACAAAUAUUAGGCUCAAAAGAUGGUGCUUCGACGUGGAGUUGGUGUUUCUGUGCAAACAGUUUGGCAUCCCGAUGCAGGAGAUUUCAGUCAACUGGUCGGAAAUACCAGGGUCCAAGGUCAACCUUUUAAGCAUUCCCAACAUGCUGUGGGAGCUUGCACUAAUGUCAGUGGGAUAUAGGACCGGAAUGUGGAAAAUUUCCUAUUGAAUCUUCAGAACAGAGGAAUAUAUACAUGGACUUCCCUUGUCCACACUGACUGUGAAGGAAGGGAUGGCAGUUUUCUUCCUACAGCAAAGUAAACCUUCGUAGUCCUUCCUUCCUGACUAAGCACCAAACCUCACGUUUGCACUGGGGCAGUUUAGAACAGUUCCUUGUAGAAGCAAAAACCUCUUUUGACAUUUACAUCUCAAUCCAGGCAGGCACUUUCUACAGUUGUAUCAUCAUAUUUUUGGGUUGGUGAUUCUUUUUCAGGGGAAUCGACCAUAUUACUGAUCACCAACCUUGCUUUUUAUUUUUAUUUUUAUUUUAGAGGAAGAGUGCGACAUUCGACACCCCACUCUAACCUUCAUUGCUAUAUAAUCCCAGGUUAGAAGAAGCGGAUAAGUGCCGAAAACUAAUGGAGUAGCCGAGUAGCCAAGUUAAGGAUGUCUUUAUGUCCAUACAAUAUCGUCAUUGCGUGUGUUUUUCCUGUAUCUGUGAAUCGGAGUUGGAC